GGACCACGUGUGGAAGACCUCUUCACUCUGCUCUAAACAACGCUCUGACAAUAUGUCAGUAUCAUAUCGCAUCCACCCAUAUCGCAUCCACCCAUAUCGCAUCCACCAUGGACUAUGGCUCAGACCAACAAAAACCUGCGCAUGACUGCAAGACUUUUACUUUUUUAAUGACAGAGAACUGUCCCAACAUCGUCACUCUCAGGAGCCUCCAAUCAGCGUGCAGCCAUAGAAGUCCACGGUGUUGAAUGAAGGUCCUUAGAUGGAUGCAUUGAUGGUUGGAGAAGAGUAACAUCGUAUGGCUCUUUUCAGCCUAGCAGCUUAACUUUCAGACUUAGUACCUUGUGCAAGGCCUAUCCUAUCGUCAAGCCUUCGUUCACGAAUCUAGUUGUUGUCAUCGCCUGAUGCAAAACACGCACCAACAUGCCCGUGGCAACGUUCAGCCUUGACAAUUGUUCUCCACUUUCGUUGGCGAAGUUGCCACACGGAUAAAAGUGCUUCCCAGCAAUGCAGCUUUCAAUGAACAAUGGCAAUCAUGCGAAACAUGACACCAGGUUGUGUAAAGUGGGUCCAUGUUGAGAAGAAUGGUGCCUUGGGCAGUCUUCGAACUCGAAUUUCAUACGCAUUCCACCUGGCGAAAGAGUAGAGGAGGAGCUCUUCAAAGACUACAAAGCAUCGCGGUACUACCCAGUCAUCAUCGGUCAGGUCCUUAAGGAUCGCUAUUAGAUUGUAGGAGAGCUGGACUUUGGUGCCAGCUCAACUGUUUGGUUGGCGCGCGACCUACAGUAAGAUAGCCUUGGGCUCGCUCAGGGAUCAGCCCUAGAACAUACGACUAGCUCCGCUGACGCAAUGUUAGGGGUCGUCGACAUAUGGCACUGAAGCUUUUCAUUCGUUCUCAGUCUAUGGGUGAACAGCUGGAUCGCGAGGUUUCCAUAUAUAAGCGUAUUUCCGAUGCUUCUUCGACGCACCCUGGCCGCGGUGCAGUCAGGGAGCUUCUCGACUCAUUCGACAUCGCUGGACCGGAGGGAUUGCAUCGAUGUCUAGUUCAUCCUCCAUUGUGGGAAAACCUGCUGACUUUCCUUCACCGAAAUCCAGUUGGGAGAUUGCCCGUGCCCGUUCUCGCCUUUAUACUCCGGCGCAUGUUUCAGGCUUUGAACUUUCUGCACACAGCAUGCCAGGUUGUUCAUACAGAUAUCAAGGCUGACAACAUCAUGUUCGGCAUCGAAGAUGAUUCCGUCUUCACAGCAUUCGAGGAAGAAGAGCUGAUCGACCCAUGUCCGCGGAAAACUGUGGAUGGCCGAAGCAUCUAUGUCUCCCGUGAGCUCCAGAUACCAAAGGCCUGGGGUGCACCUGUUCUCUGUGACUUGGGCUCGGCCGUCACUGGGAAAGUCGAACACCUGGAAGACGUGCAACCGGAUAUCUACGGGGCACCCGAAGUCAUCGUCGAAGCACCAUGGUCCUACUCGAUUGAUAUAUGGAACACCGGCUGCGUGAUCUGGGACCUAUUCGAAGGGGGUCACCUGUUCACAGACACGAUCCAAAGUUUGAGAGAUACCGGAGCCGAGCACACCUUGCAGAGAUCAUUGCUCUCCUUGGACCACCUCCACAGACGCUGCUGCAAAUGGGCAGGUCGAGCCACAAGUUCUUCACGGAAACCGGGAACUUACAUGGCGCCGACUCGGGGCUGCUGGCUGGCUCAUCACUUGAGGAAAGGCAGACUUCCCUAGAGGGCGACAGUCAGAAAAAGUUCCUCGCCAUGAUGCGAAAGAUGCUCCAGUGGGAGCCCUCAAAGCGAUCAUCGGCAAAGGCCUUGGCUGAAGAUGGAUGGAUUGUAGAUAAUAUCCAAUGACCUAUGUAGGCGUUGCGACUG